GAGAGGCAUGAGUGUGGUGUUAGUGCUCCUUCCUAUGGUGCUGUUUGUUGUGCUUGCGGGGGCUCAGCGAGCUUGCCCCAAGAACUGCAGAUGCGAUGGCAAGAUUGUGUACUGCGAAUCUCACGCAUUCAGAGACAUCCCUCAGAAUAUUUCUGGCGGGUCUCAAGGCUUAUCGUUACGGUACAACAGCAUUCAGAAGCUUAAAUCAAAUCAGUUUGCGGGCCUGAAUCAGCUCAUAUGGCUUUAUCUUGACCAUAAUUACAUCAGCUCCGUGGAUGAGGAUGCAUUUCAGGGGAUCCGCAGGCUGAAGGAAUUAAUUCUAAGCUCCAACAAAAUUACCCAUCUGCACAACAAAACGUUUCACCCAGUCCCCAACCUCCGCAAUCUGGACCUCUCUUACAACAAGUUGCAGGUGUUGCAGUCUGAGCAGUUCAAGGGCCUUCGCAAACUCUUGAUCUUGCAUUUGCGGUCUAACUCGCUGAAAACCGUGCCGAUCCGAAUUUUCCAAGACUGCCGAAACCUUGACUUCCUGGAUUUGGGCUACAACCGCCUGCGGAGCUUAUCCCGUAAUGCUUUCGCUGGCCUUUUGAAGUUGACAGAGCUCCACUUGGAGCACAACCAGUUUUCUAAGAUCAAUUUUGCCCACUUUCCACGCCUCUUCAACCUUCGCUCAAUUUAUUUGCAGUGGAAUAGGAUCCGGUCUAUUAGCCAAGGGUUAACGUGGACUUGGAGUUCCUUGCACAACUUGGAUUUAUCAGGAAAUGACAUUACAGGGAUAGAGCCUGGGACCUUCCAGUGCCUCCCCAACCUGCAAAAGCUGAACCUGGAUUCCAACAAACUCACCAACAUCUCUCAGGAGACCAUCAAUACAUGGAUCUCGCUCAUCUCCAUCACUCUGUCCGGAAAUAUGUGGGAAUGUACUCGAAGCAUUUGCCCUCUGUUUACUUGGCUUAAGAAUUUCAAGGGAAAUAAAGAAAGCACUAUGAUAUGUGCAGGCCCUAAACAUAUCCAGGGUGAAAAAGUGAGCGAUGCUGUGGAAACAUACAAUAUCUGUGCUGAAAUCCAGGUGGUGGUUACUGAAAGAUCGUACCAAGCACCCAAAACCCCACAGAGACCUGUCUUCAUUCCUAAACCUACUGUUUCCAAACUGGAAAGCAAUCAGCCAACAUCUGCUGUGCCAAGCCCUUCUGCAGACCUCCCGACACCUGGAGUGGAACCAGAGUACGAGCACGUUUCCUUUCACAAAAUCAUCGCUGGGAGCGUGGCCCUCUUUCUUUCCGUGGCCAUGAUUCUGUUGGUUAUCUACGUGUCGUGGAAGCGCUAUCCAGCCAGCAUGAAACAACUCCAGCAGCACUCUCUCAUGAAGAGGCGCAGGAAAAAGGCCCGAGAGUCUGAAAGGCAAAUGAACUCCCCUUUACAGGAGUAUUACGUGGACUACAAGCCAACAAACUCUGAGACCAUGGAUGUAUCUGUUAAUGGAUCUGGCCCCUGCACGUAUACCAUCUCUGGCUCCAGGGAAUGUGAGGUUCCUCACCACAUGAAGACUUUACCCUAUUACAGUUACGACCAACCAGUGAUCGGAUACUGCCAAGCUCAUAAGCCUCUCCAUGUAAAUAAGGGGUACGAUACCAUGGCCCGGGAGCAGGCUGAGACAACCAACCUGGAACUCAGUCGAGACCACAGCUUCAUAGCCACAAUCGCACGUUCGGCUGCUCCAGCCAUUUACAUUGAGAGAAUACCAAACUAA